AUGGCUGUUCGAUGGGAGGGCGAGCUCGAGGGUGGUUGUCGUGGUCGCGUCAAUAAUUUUGCUCAACUUGCACCGAGACCACCGAGUCACCGACCUUCUCCCAAAUACAGCAUCUCCUAUAUCUCCAAGCUACAAGCCUAUGCGGCCCUGGCUCGUGUCCAUGCGCCAGUAGGUGCAACGCUGCUAUUUCUCCCAUGUCUCCAAUCGACUCUGCUUGCUGCAACACUACUGCAAAGAACUGUGCUUGGCACCAUUGCCUUAUUUGGCACUGGUUCUUUCCUGAUGCGCAGUGCAGGCUGUGUCAUCAAUGAUUUAUGGGAUCAAGACCUCGAUAGGGCUGUUGAGCGAACCAGCAUGCGACCGCUUGCGUCUGGUGCCUUGUCGAAUACCGAGGCUCUCGGUUUUCUAUCGACACUGCUGACGGGUGGUCUUGCAGUCUUGCUGCAGUUUGAUGUCAAUACAAUCAUUCUUGGUAUGGGUAGUAUGGGACUUGUGGUCUUGUAUCCGCUCAUGAAGCGCAUUACAUACUUCCCUCAAGUCGUAUUAGGUCUCGCUUUCAAUUGGGGUGCAUUGCUUGGAUUCUCGGCCUUGUCGAACGGCGCAGUCAUGGGUUGGGACGCAGCGUUACCACUCUAUGGCAGUGGUGUACUUUGGUGUAUCCUCUAUGAUACAAUUUAUGCGCAUCAGGAUGCAAAGGAUGAUGUCAAUGCCGGCAUUCACUCAACGGCGCUGUUCCUUGGACAAGCAAAGACGAAACCAUUUCUGUCUGCGCUUGCAAUCGGUCAAUUCUCGCUGCUUGGGUCCCUUGCUGUGACCUUCCCCGAGCAACUUGCGAAUGGCCCGUAUAUUGCUGGCACAACGCUUGCUGCUUUGUAUACAGCGAAUAUGAUCUACAAAGUCGAUGUGGCGAAUGUACAAGAUUGUGGACGAUGGUUCAAACGGAGUCAAUAUGUUGGCUGGCUCGUUGCUGCUGGACUCGCAGGCGAGUAUGCACGACAACUGUACCUUGCAGCACAAGAACAAGAAUCUGUUGAGAAUGUUGUACAAUAG